UUCUCUUUCUCCACAAAUCUCAGUUUCGUUUCCUUUCUUAAAAAAUAAAAAAACAACGGAUAAGGGGAGGAAGAUUCUAUUCGUCACCCCCCUCCUCUUUUUUUUUUCCUCCCCUUCUCCUCUUUCCCUUUCUUCUAACAUCCGUACGAUCCUCCUUUGUUGAACAAAAAGAAGUCACCUCCAUUUCUUUUUCUACCUCCUUGGCUCCUUCCAUUCCAAAUUUCUUAGAAUUCCCUUCACAUUUCUUUUGGUAACGUGGUACCUCCAACUUGAUCAUUCUAUCUCUUUUUCCUUCGCAUCUUGCCUUCCUCCUCUUCUCUUUCAUUGUUUUUGUCAAGAAAGAAGUAUAGAGUUUCUAAUCAAAAAAAAAGUUGUCUUUUUUCUUGGUUGCCAAUGUGUAUAAGCUUUGAAAGGUGAGACUUUUGUUCGUUAGAUUAGAAUUAGAAGAGUGAGAUAGAGAUAGAAGAGAUUCGAGAUGAGGGCGGCGCUGAGCACAAUCCAGCAGACUCUGACGCCGGAGGCGGCGGGCGUGCUGACGCACUCGAUCACGGAGGCGGCGCGGCGGAACCACGGGCAGACAACCCCUCUCCACGUCGCUGCCACCCUCCUGGCGGCCCCUUCCGGCCUCCUCCGCCAGGCCUGCGUCCGCUCCCAUCCGCACUCCUCCCACCCUCUCCAGUGCCGUGCCCUCGAGCUCUGCUUCUCCGUCGCCCUCGACCGCCUCCCCACCUCCUCUUCCUCUUCCUCUUCCAACCCCAAUCCCACCAGGGAUAAUUCCACCAAUUCCAAUGCCCCCACCAAUUCCUCCUCCGGCGUCGCUGAGCCCCCCAUCUCCAACGCCCUCAUGGCCGCCCUCAAGCGCGCCCAGGCCCACCAGCGCCGCGGCUGCCCGGAGCAGCAGCAGCAGCCGCUACUCGCCGUCAAGGUCGAGCUGGAGCAGCUCGUCAUAUCCAUCCUCGACGACCCCUCCGUCAGCCGCGUCAUGCGCGAGGCCAGCUUCUCCAGCACCGCCGUCAAGGCUACCAUCGAGCAGUCACUCGCCUCCUCUUCCCCCUCCUCCUCCUCCUCCUCCGCCGCCCCUUCCACCACCAAUUCCCCCUCCGCCGCCUCCGCUCUCGGCAUCAAUCUAGCCCACCGACCCCCCGCCCGGAACCUCUACAUCAACCCCCGCCUCCACCAGCACCAAGCCAACGCCGCCGCUGGUGGCGGCGCAGACCUGCACCGGAGGGAGGGGGUGAACCGGGUGAUGGACAUACUGAUGAGAUCCAAGAAGAGAAACCCGGUCCUCGUCGGCGACUCCGACCCGGACGCCGUCAUGCGAGAGGUCCUGCAGAGGAUCGAGUCCAGCGACGCCCCGCCGCCCCUCCGGGCCGCCCAAGUAAUCUCCUUGCACAAGGAAUCCACGGUGGUCGCCGACCGGUCCCAAAUUCCAUCGAGGAUCAGAGAAUUGGGUAGCUUGAUCGAGGCCCGGAUCGCCGGCGGCCACAGCAUGGUUCUCAAUCUCGGUGAUCUAAAAUGGCUCGUGGAGUGCCCUCCCGGCGUCGGGGCUUCCUUGGGUCCAGCACCAGCACAGCCACAGCCGAUCAUCUCGGAGGGGGGCCGGGCAGCGGUGGUGGAGAUGGGGAGGCUCUUGAAGAGCUUCGGCGAAGGUGGCCGGCUGUGGCUCGUCGGGACCGCGUCGUGCGCCACCUACCUCCGGUGUCAGGUCUACCACCCGACGAUGGAGAACGACUGGGACCUUCAGGCUGUGCCGAUCGCCCCGAGGUCGCCCCUCCCCUGUAUGUUCCCAAGGCCUGGGGGCAAUGGAAUCCUUAGCAGCUCUGUCGAGACUCUAGCCCCGAUGAAAGGUUUCGCGGCGGCCAUACCUCCAAGACGGCCACCUGAAAGCACCGACCCUUCCCGAAGGACAAUCCUCUGCCAACAGUGCAUGGAGAGUUAUGAGCGUGAAUUAGCCAAGCUUGUUGCAAAGGAGUUUGAGAAAUCAUCUUCGAAACCGGAUGCUCAUCAGACAUUGCCUCAGUGGCUCCAGCUUGCGAAGCUGAGCAAUGGAGGCAGUGCUAGAUACACAACCGAUCAUGUUCAGCCCCAGGAGCAAGAUUCCAUGUGGAAGCAGAGCACAGGAGAGCUGCUGAAGAAGUGGCGCGACACAUGCUCCCUCCAUUCCAACUUCCAGCCGCCGGUGCUUCUCGGCUCCGAAAGGCCUCCGGCUCCAGCCCUUUCAAUGCCCGUCUUGAGCAAUUCCAGUAUGCUUACUCCUCGCCCACCAUCUGAGCCCAAAUCAACACUUUCUGGGAGCCUUCCCCGCCUUCAAAUGAACAGCAACCAGAGCAACAUCACACGGACCGCAUCGCCAGCGCAGUCUAUGAGCCCUCCAGCAAGCCCAGUGAAGACCGAUCUUGUUCUUGGGCAGUCCAAGGAUAAUUCCUUGGAAAAGACCCAUAAAGAGCUUGCCAAGGACUUGACUGGGUGCGCGCAAGAUGGAUUCUCGGAUCAACAGAAAGCCAAAAUCGCUGGCAUCUCCGAUGUGGACUCCUUCAAGAGGCUCUUCAAGGGACUCAUCGACAAGGUCAGUUGGCAGCCAGAGGCAGCCUCCACCGUGGCCACAGCCGUGAUGCAGUGCAAGUCCGGCAAUGGGAAGCGGCGGAGCUUCGGGCCAAAGGGUGACACCUGGCUUCUUUUCAUCGGCCCUGAUAAGGCCGGAAAGAGGAAGAUGGCGACCGCCGUCUCCGAGCUGGUGUUUGGCACCAGCCCGGUGACGGUUAAUUUUGGAGGCAUCAUCCCACGGUCGGACGGCGAUGACGGUGAGACGACUACUAAUUCCCGAGGGAGGACCUCUCUGGACCGGGUGGUGGAGGCCAUCCGCGGGAACCCGUUUUCCGUCGUUGUGCUCGAGGACAUCGAUCGAGCCGACGGCCUCGUCCAUGGGAGCAUCAAGCGUGCCAUGGAAAGAGGCCGGCUGCCGGACUCCUACGGCCGGGAGGUCAGCUUGGGGAACGUCAUAUUUAUCCUGACUGCUAAUUGGUUGCCGGAGGAGCUCUCCCUUGUACGGAAUGAGAAAAGAGAAUUGGAUCCAGGCAAUGGUGGGUGCCAACUGGAGCUCUCAAUCGGGGACAGUCCCCGUAAGCGUCGACCGGAUUGGCUUUCCGACGACGAUCGAAAUGUUAAGCCAAGAAAGGAGUCGUCGGGUGGCACAGGGCUAUCUCUCGACUUAAAUUUGGCAGCGGGGGCGGACAACGACGUUGGGGAAGGCUCGAGGAACUCCAGUGACCUCACCGUUGAGCGUGAGAUCGAGAAGAGGCGGCUCGCGGUCAGGUGUUCGACGUCAUCGUCGGCAGCCUCGGAGCUAAUGGAGUUAGUGGACGAUGCGGUCGUGUUCAAGCCUGUGGAAUCCGGAAACCUGCGGAGGAAGGUCAUCGAGUCCAUAUCACCGAAAUUCGCUGCAGUCGUGGGCGGUGGGCGGUCAAUACUGAUUGACGACGACGCAGACUCGAUCGGAUAGUCGGCAGCCAAUGGCCCGCCGGGAGCCACCAGUUGCAUUGGAUUCGAGGAGUGGGUGGCAAUUGGCCGCCGGGGACGGUGGCCGCUGCCGUGGAUGGAACUGGUGGGCGUUCCCAUAUUUGUUAAGGGUAGAUAUGUAAAUAUGGUGGGAUCCUUUUGUUCUUACCUUUCUUUGGGGUGGUUAGUGUCACAGGAGAGAAUCUUAACUACCGGGGCCAAAAAAAAAAAAGGGCUGGAGGUGAGAGGCUUAGCACUCGUAUAAUUUGUAAUUUUGGGGAUAGUUACUAAUACGUUCUUUUAAGAUAUUAUUUUAUUUAUUUUAUUGAAAA